GUACUAUAUAUAUAGAUGCCCUUUCCAUUUCUCAACCAUCACAAUCCCAUUCCAUUUCUCUACUACGUAACACUUGCAUUAAUAUAAUAAUCUGUUCUUCUUCUCUUCUGUAACUGAUCAGUUCCGAUUCAAUGGCCGCCGCCGGUAAGAUUGAGGUGGAGGUGGAGGUGGCCGUCCGCGCCGGAAAGCUGUGGGAGAGCAUCAAGGACUCCGUCAACGUCUUCCCCAAGGCCUUCCCUAAACAGUACAAAAGCAUUGAGGUUCUCGAGGGCGACGGCAAGUCCGCCGGCUCUCUCCGCCUCGUCAAAUAUGCCGAGGGGACACCAUUGGUGACAUUCUCAAAGGAGAAGAUAGAGUCAGUGGAUGAUGAGAAGAAGGCAUUGAGCUACAUUGUGAUUGAGGGAGAGGUCCUUCAGGCCUACAAGAACUUCAAGGCCACCCUCUCUGUCGCCCCGAAGGGCGAUGACGUCAGCGUGGUGACGUGGCGCGGGGACUUCGAGAAGGCCAGCGAUGACGUCCCCGAGCCUGUCUUCAUCAAGGAUGCUGCCGUCAAGACCUUCAAGGACCUUGAAGCCUAUCUCAAGGCAUAGAAUUCAAGUUUUUAAUUUUCAGUCCCUUUUUUUUCCAAGUUCAUGCAUGUGCUCCAAUGCACUCAAUAAAUAGAGUUCAUUUUAAUGUCUGUUUUUUUUUUCUUUCUUUUUUGAAAGGUGUCAAGGUCUAGCAAUGACAAAUUAAAGAUGUUGUGUUUUUGUUGUUGCAAAUAAAGAAAUGUGUCUUCAUCUC